AUGGCUGUCGAAGCUUCUCCCGUUUCCCCCAUCCCCAUUGCGGAGCUGACCAAGAUCACCUCUGAUGCUUGCGAUGCCGCCCUGAAGGAGGCCACCGAGUACGAGCACGGUCUCGUCGGCAACUGGAACUCGCAGAUCAUCAACACCGUCCUCAAGGCCCUUAUCACCGCCACCGCUCCCUCCGAGUCUAACAAGCCCGCCCCCUACCGUUUCACCGUGAACAGCACCAUCGUGCAGCAGGGCGUCAUCGACAAGACCGCCGCCGCGGACGGCACACAGAGCAACGCCGGCAAGCGCGGUAUGCACUCCGCCUCCGGCGCCUUCUGGGACGUCAACCGCGACGGCAUGUGGACGUUCAAGUACCCCGGCGCCGAGGAGCGGGGAUUGGACGUUGUCGUUAGCGUGACGUGGUUUGCCGUGAAUUAA